CGGGCCAAUGAAGAAAAAGAAGCCAAACACGAGCAAAAAUGCAAAAAUGAAUAUGGAGUAGGGAAGAAAGGACCAAGCUUCAUAUCAUCCCGCAAUCUCUAAUCACAAAAUAACCGCAACCCAUGAAAAAUCUGUAUGACUACAGUGUACAGUACUACAACGGAAUACAUUGCACCGGUGCAAUAGUGUUCGCACAUAGAAAAGAAGAGACUUUGAUAGGAGUAGAAGUACUCGAAAAGAGACAAUCUCCCAACUCAGCACAGACAAGGACAAAAUACCGUUUUCCAAGAAGAGCCACGUUUGUCUCAUCUGCCAUAAUCCGGACCCCUCUAUGGAAACAAUUGAACAGCAUCGAUCACUUCCAAGCUCAAGGUUCGUUCAAGCACAGCUAAUACAGAGCACCGUGAUAACGUUAUUGGCUAUGGGGGCUUUCACCACAAUCAGGAAGUAAAUUUCCCGAUAGGGUUCUAUUUUUUCUCGUCUUACCCAAACAUGCUUUGGGCUGCCAAUACAAGAAUGGCGACUUUCUUGUUGCUGUCAUUGUUUUGUCCAUUUCUUCCUUUUGUUCUUGCUUUACCAGGUAACAGCGUUUCGCCGUUGUUGAACUCCUCUAGCAAACUAAUUUUGCCAAUACAGGCUGUUGCAGCCAGCGCAAGCCGAAUCUAUACCAAUACUAUUCAGGGAAAGUUGAGCGCUCGGGACAUGGUGCAAAUUGCUCUUCUGUGUAGUGUAUUUCCUGGUUUUUGGUAUCUGCGAAAUGGGAGGAGGAGUAAAACUUCCAAUGACUCAAAAUCACUUAAAGGCAGUGCGCAUGGAACUACCCCCGAAAGGAGUUUAGAUAUCAAUGGUGAGCUCUGUCGUAAUUAACUUUGUUCUAGUUCUUGGAAUUAUUUAGCAAAAUUACCUACUGAUCAAUUGGAGUUAUAGAAUCCGAAGUUGUCGACCCAGGGCUAUUGAAAAAACAUUCCAAGAUAAGAUCCUACACAACUAGUCGAUUUACAUAUUCUUCGCUCCGAAUUUUUUUCAGCAGACAUGCUCAAGCAGACAAAUUACCAACAAAACCUGCUCCACUACCUCUACUCGUCUUUAUCCAUGGUCUGGGAGGCUCAGUCGCGCAAUUUAACCCUCUAUUGACAAGCCUUGUGAAUUUGGCAUCAUGUCUUUCGAUCGAUCUACCAGGCUGCGGCCUGUCUGAGUUCGAUCCAAAGUUAUCUUGGGAUGCUUAUACUGUGGAUGCUCUUGCAGAGCUUCUGGGGAAAGUCAUCGGGGACUAUAGAGAAAAGGAUACGAAUCAGGGUGUGAUCCUGAUUGGACACAGCUUGGGGUGUUCAAUAAGUGCCUUACUUGCAUCUACAACGUCGCCACGGUCAAUUGCGCUAUCAGAAAAUGUCAUCGGUCUUAUCGUAAGGAAAUAUAUCAUAUGUAAUGUUUUAUUUUGGUUACUGAUGCAAAUUUCAGGCAAUCUGCCCUCGCGCCGAACCUCCUAGUGAAGAUGAGGUCAGUAAGUUCAGGAAGCUGCUUUUAGUCCCCAAUCUUGUUUUUGAUUUGUGGCGCAACUGGGACCGUCGAGGCGGCACUGAGAGUGCUAGUGUGCAUAGAUUUGUCGGUCCUUCAGCGGAUGAGGAAACUAAAAAGCUCCAAGAACGAUUCAAUAGUCAGAGUAAAACAGCAGUAUGGAGGAGAAUGGCAGCCGGCACUCUGCCUGUUUACGAAAACCACAUUCCGAUAGGUGGACUUCCGGGGAGGGAUGUUUGGAAGGGGCUAGAUAUGCCUGUCUUCCUUGUUGCUGGGGCAGUGGACAACAUUACAAAGCCUGAGGAGAUUGAGAAGAUUGCUCAAUAUCUCGGAAAGUCUCACCCAAGCCAAAUUGAGCUCAACGACAAAAGUGAACCUAUAGUUGAUGCAGCUGCGCCUGUUGAUAUAUCUAGACAAACGAAACCUAUAAGCAACAGCAUCAGCCCUUUGACCGAAAAACAGCUCUUGGAAAACAAUAAUAGUGUCGCUACAGACUCGCUGGAAGACCCAUCCACACCGGAUGACUUUGAAAGAAUCGAAAGCAUCCCUUCCGAGCAUUUCAGGCCUAAGAGGGUUUUAAAGACGACAAUCAUUCCAGCUCCCGCUUCGCACGCACUGCUCUACAUGCCAUUCACUGUGAGAAUCCUUGCAGGUCUUAUCUCUGAUUUUCUCUGUACUCAAGUGACACCGCGUUUGUCAUUGGGUUGGCAACUGCAGUUUCUUUCCACCUCUGGCAAAUGGGAUGUGAAGAACUUGGCAAAAUGGCAAGCAGUUGCUCCAGUAUCUGAGCCCAUAGCGGGCGUAUUCCGUGCCAUGAAAACCUUGAGAGAGGUAGAUGAUACUCAUUGUCCGGAGGUGUUCGUAAGCGAUUGGGGGGAACACAUCAAAGAUAUUGUGGACAUUAGUCACGAAAGCCCCGUGUACGACCCCCGAGGGCUUGAGAAGGGCGGCAUACGAUACCAUAAAUUUCCCACGGUAUCUAAGAUCCCACCUACAUCUGACGAAGUCGUCACCUUUAUCAAUUUAAUCGACCGAUUACGAGAUGAGCAGGAGGCAAGGAAGAAAAAUGAAGGGGUUGAUGGUGAAUGGUUUGUGGGGGUACACUGUCACUACGGCUUCAACAGAACUGGAUAUUUUAUCGUCUGUUAUUUGGUGGAAAGGUGUGGGUAUGGAGUUCAGGAAGCGAUUGAUGAAUUUGCCAAGAGAAGACCCAAGGGUAUUAAACAUGCUCAUUUUAUGGACCGGCUAUUUGUUAGAUACUGCGUGGGGUUGAAGAGAGCGCCCACACUUUGAUGAUAUGAUAAUUGGUAAAGAGGCAUUAAUAUUAGGGCUAUCAGAUAAGACGAUGUGAGAUGGGGACUAGGAGUCUUGAAUUGUAUCCAUAGAGCUUCGGAACCGGUGGUUAUGAAUAGGACUUUUACCUGUGUACAGUCGUUUUAUGAAAGACAUUUUUUAGUUGUCACGCAGCAUCCUCGUUCUCUUCAGUUCCCUUCAAAUAAUUUUCAAAGCGGAACGACAAGUUUUUGAGAUAUGCAACACAAAUACGAACUUGU